AUGGGCAGAUUCAGGAAUCUAAUAAGGUCCAAGAAAGAAAUGGAUUCAGAUGAAGAUAUAUCUUCCAUUCAUGAAAAUGGAUCACCUCAACUAGAAUAUUCUAAUGAUAAAAUUGAAAUAUUACAAACAGAAUCCGCUAUUAAUGAUUCACAAGAUAUAAAAUCUUUAAAGAAAAAAAAAUUCCAAACUAAUGGAUUUGAUAUUCAUUCAAUAAGUGAUUCUUUGGCUCAUAGAGGUACUAAUAUGGAUGAAGAUGAUACCGAAGAAGCUGAAAUACAUGAUACUCAGGUUAAACGUGCUUUAAAAGAACGUCAUACUAGUAUGAUUGCACUUGGUGGUACUAUUGGUACAGGUUUAUUUGUUGGUAUUGCAACACCUUUAGCUUCAUCAGGUCCAGUCGGUUCAUUAAUUGCUUAUAUUUUUAUGGGAUCAAUUAUUUAUUUCGUUACACAAUCUUUAGGUGAAAUGGCAACUUUUAUUCCUGUUACUUCUUCAAUUACUGUCUUUUCAAAGAGAUUUUUAUCACCUGCAUUUGGUGUUGCUAAUGGUUAUAUGUACUGGUUUAACUGGGCUAUUACUUAUGCUGUUGAAGUCUCUGUUGUCGGUCAAGUUAUUCAAUAUUGGACAACAACUGUACCUUUAGCUGCAUGGAUUGCAAUCUUUUGGACUUUCAUUACUUUAAUGAAUUUUUUCCCUGUUAAAGUUUAUGGUGAAAUUGAAUUUUGGGUUGCAGCUGUUAAAGUUCUUGCAAUUAUUGGGUAUUUAAUUUAUGCUUUAAUUAUUGUUUGUGGUGGUUCCCAUCAAGGUCCAAUUGGUUUCCGUUAUUGGAGAAAUCCAGGUGCUUGGGGUCCAGGUAUUAUUUCAGAUAAUAAAAAUGAAGCUAGAUUCCUUGGUUGGGUUGCAUCCUUAAUUAACGCUGCUUUCACUUAUCAAGGUACUGAAUUAGUUGGUAUUACAGCUGGUGAAGCUGCUAAUCCAAGAAAGGCUGUUCCUCGUGCUAUUAAUAAAGUCGUCUUUAGAAUUGUUUUAUUCUAUAUUAUGUCCUUAUUUUUCAUUGGUUUAUUAGUUCCAUAUAAUGAAGAUCGUCUUAAUUCUGAUACUGCUGUUAUUGCAUCUUCUCCAUUUGUUAUUUCUAUUUCUAAUGCAGGUACCAGAGCUUUACCACAUAUUUUUAAUGCAGUUGUUAUGAUUACUGUUAUGUCUGCAGCUAAUUCUAAUGUUUAUGUUGGAUCUCGUGUCCUUUAUUCUUUAGCUCAAACUGGUAAUGCUCCAAAGAUUUAUUCUUAUGUUACACGUUAUGGUGUUCCAUAUAUGGGUGUCUUAACUACAGCUGCUUUAGGUUUAUUAGCUUUCUUAGUUGUCAAUAAUAAUGCUAAUGUUGCAUUCAAUUGGUUAGUUAAUAUUUCAACUUUAGCUGGGUUAUGUGCUUGGGUCUUUAUUUCUUUAUCCCAUAUCAGAUUUAUGGCUGCUUUGAAAUAUCGUGGUAUCUCUAGAGAUGAUUUACCAUUUAAGGCUAAAUUCAUGCCAUGGGGUGCUUAUUAUGCUACAUUUUUCGUUACCGUUAUUAUUUUCAUUCAAGGUUUCCAAGCAUUUUCACCAACUUUUAAAGUUGCAGAUUUCUUCACAUCAUAUAUUUCAUUAAUUAUCCUUGUGGUUUUAUUCACAGGUUGUCAAUUAUAUUAUAGAUGUAGAUUCAUAUGGAAAGUUGAAGACAUUGAUAUCGAUACCGAUAGAAGAGAAAUUGAGGCCAUUGUCUGGGAAGAUGAUGAACCAAAGACUGCUUGGGAAAAAUUCUGGGCAGCAGUCGCAUAA